AUGGCCGCUGCUGUUGCCGGCACUGGCGUUCUCGUACCACUCUACAUCUUUCCGGGACAGUCACCCCAGUGCACUGCCUGGGCUUCCUUACUCAACGUGAUCUCUGCGAACCCUUCGGUCCCAUUCAUCAUCAUCAUUAAUCCGAAUAGCGGCCCAGGAGCGGUUGGCUCGCAGCCCGAUUCCUCCAGCUACCAGGGCUGUGUUCCUCAGCUGAAGAGUCAACCCAAUGUCAGGACCAUAGGCUACGUCUUCACGGAGUACGGGUCUCGCAGCCAGUCGGACGUCGAUGCGGAUGUCUCUACCUAUGCGGGAUGGGACAGUGCCUACCGGCUGGAUGGCAUCUUCUUCGACCAAGUCGAGACGACUAGCGACCUGCUGUCGACGUACACAGCAUUCGUGAACACCGCCAGGCAAAGCUUCGAUGACAGUAACGGUUUUGUCAUUCUAAACCCUGGAACGAAUGUUCAAGAUGACGGCUUCUUCUCAAUCGCCGACCAAAUCGUGACUGCUGAGGAUUUUUACUCCGACUUCAGCCCCUCUCAGCUUUCACUUGGAAGCAGCACCCCAACCGCCAAGCAGGCUGUCAUCCUCCAUGAUGCGCCGUCCAGUCCUCCGAUAAGCCUCAUCGACCAGCUCGUGACAGAUGGCAUUGGGUCGCUCUAUAUUACUGAUGACACUCAGGCAAACGGCGGCAACCCGUACGACAGCCUUCCGAGCGAUUUGUCGAGUUUUGUGGCAACUGUCGGCGCAGACUCAUAA